GACGGUCCAGAUCACGCCAUAUCAUCCCUACCACACACUCUCCUCUCCCUCUCCGCCGCCGCCGCCGCCGCCGCCGUCGCAUGACCGCCGUCGCCGUGCCGUCGCCGCCGCUCCUCCACCCCACGUGCCCCUCGUGGUGGUCGUCCCCGCGCCCCAGCUUCUUCUUCUUCUUCCUGAGGGAGGAGAGGUGGUUGCUGCGGCGGCGGAGGACGGCGAUGGCGCGGCCGCCGGUGCUCUCCGUCGCGCUUCCCUCCGACACGGGACGCGUGCUCAGCAUCCAGUCCCACACCGUCCAGGGAUACGUUGGCAACAAAUCAGCAGUCUUUCCCCUGCAACUCCUGGGCUUUGAUGUGGAUCCGAUAAACUCGGUACAGUUUUCUAAUCAUACAGGUAGAGGGUACCCAACAUUUAGAGGACAGGUCCUCAACGGCAGUCAGCUGUGGGAUCUUAUUGAAGGGCUGGCGGAAAACGAUUUAUUGCAUUAUACCCAUUUAUUAACAGGUUAUAUUGGAUCUGUUUCCUUUUUAACUACUGUACUACAAGUUGUUGACAAAUUACGAUCAGUCAAUCCUGAUCUUGUAUAUGUUUGUGACCCGGUUCUAGGUGAUGAAGGGAAACUAUAUGUCCCUCAGGAUUUAAUAUCUGUUUAUCAACAGAAGGUUGUCCCAGUUGCUACAAUGCUUACACCUAACCAAUUUGAAGUUGAACUACUCACUGGUUUAAGGAUUACCUGUGAAGAAGAUGGCUUGAAAGCUUGCAAUGCGCUACAUAGUGCUGGACCGCGAAAGGUGGUAAUAACUAGUGCACUUAUUGAAGAUAAGCUGCUCCUCAUUGGAAGCCACAAAAAAGCAAAGGAACAACCACCAGAACAAUUUAAGAUUGAGAUACCCAAGAUACCUGCAUAUUUCACGGGCACUGGAGAUUUAACAACUGCCCUUCUACUAGGAUGGAGUAAUAAAUACCCUGAUAACCUUGAGAGGGCGGCUGAACUGGCGGUAUCCAGUUUGCAGGCACUCCUAAGGAGAACUGUGGAAGACUAUAAAAGAGCUGGGUUUGACCCCUCCACCAGCAGCCUAGAGAUCCGCUUGAUUCAAAGCCAGGAUGAAAUUCGAAGGCCCCAGAUUACAUGCAAGGCUGUGAAGUAUAGCUGAAACCAUAUCACAACCAUGGCAAGCAUCAUCAAACAUCAAUUAGUGAAUAGUGACUGGAGGGAGAGUACCAGUGUUAAAAACAAUUUUGGUAUUCUGCUUGUAUGCACAAUAUUCAUCAACAUGCUUCCUGGCUUCAACUCUGGGGAUACCAUUUUAGUUGAUCAUAGUUUCAAAACAAGAAAGGGUCUGAUUUCAAAAACAAAAUAAUACACAUGCUGCCUUCUCUCUCUCUCUCUCUCUCUCUCUCUCUCUUUAAUCUCCUUUACAAUUUGUCAUGUUUUUGUGCCUAUGAGACUGAUAUUGUACAAGGGAUAGCUCCAUCUUGGAAAGCUUUAUUUUGUGUAAAAUCUACAAUGAAUAAACGGCAGUUCCGUUGAUGUGUGUUGUGCAA